AUGGAGCCUGGUGGGAAAAUCCGAGAGAGAAUGAAAGGAGACACCAAACCGCCAUCCAAGGAGCAAUAUGUAGUGGAAUGCAGGAAACAUUAUGGCCCAGAGUUAAGGGCUCUGCCUCAAGUCUUAGCUGUUAAAAAUCUUUGUAGGUGUUCGGCCUGGAGCUCUGUGCAGACUCCUGUGGAGGUGGCUUGCGCAGCCGCCCGGUCCGAUAGGUUUAUUUGUAUCUACCCCACUCACUUAAAUAAUAAGACUAGAGCGGAGGGGAGGCGGAUUCCUAUAAGUAAGGCUGUAGAAAACCCUACCGCUACUGAGAUUCAGGACGUUUGCUCAGCAGUUGGAGUGAACGCAUUUCUGGAGAAAAUCAAAAUGUACUCCAGAGAAUGGAACGGUGAUGUUGAGUACAGAGGCAGAGUCCAGGUACGGCUCAAACAGGACAAUGGCAGCCUCUGUCUUGUACAGUUCCCAUCACGGAAGUCAGUGAUGCUGUAUGCGGCAGAAAUGAUUCCCAAGCUAAAAACAAAAAAUAGGCAGUGCUGACCCAAGUCUUCAGCAAGGAGAGUAAAGAGGGGAAGAAGAAAUGAUGUGGUGUGAACGUGAAUCAUGCAGUCCUGCUGUGAGAGACCUGGGCAUCUUUGUGUCUGAGGGAACAGCUUUCUUUCUGUGUCUGUCAAUUAACUGAACUGUGAACAAUGUGUCUCCCAUCUGCAUCAACAGUUAACAAUGAGAUACGUUUACAUCAAAAGUUUGCAUUUAGCUUUUAUACUGUAAAAAGGAAAGGUGUGUGUGCGGGAGACUAUUUUUAACAGAUAAUGACUGUCCCAUAAGUUACUUGAAAUCCUGUAUCUGUUUGUCCUCCAUGUAAACAUAUAUUUCAGGUAAAUAAGUUUAAUAAAAUUUGAAAUACACAUUUUGUUCACCUUUUAAGUUAAUGAAAUAAACAAUUUAAAGUGGAAAAAAAAAAACAAACCUUUGUAAUUUGCCGGGCAGCUGUGGUGCCCGCCUUUAAUCCCAGCACUCAGGAGGCAGAGCCAGGCGGAUCUCUGUUGAGUUCCAGGCCAGCCUGGAGUUCCAGGACAGUCACCAAAACUACACAGAGAAACCCUGUCUUGAAAAAAAAAAAAAAUCUCUGUAAUCCUAAACUGGGUGGUGGUAGUGCAACUGCCAUGAAGACUUGAAAAAAAACACUUUCCUUCCCUCUGCUAACCAGAAACCGAGGCAAAAAUUUGUCAGGCUCCUUUGGUAUGUAAACAGGUAUGGGAGUAACCUGCAUCUCUUCAUAUAACAACACAGGCAGAGGCAGAGGUAGGCAUUCUCUGAGGCCAGCCAGUCUCAAAAAAUAAAAAAUUUACAGGCAUCAGAAUACCCUAAAGGUCAAUGACGCAGUGAGAUCUGGCAGGCUUCAGUUUGCAUACAGUGGCUGCAGAGAUCCCCAAGAGGACAUCGCUGUGACACUUGAAAGCCAUUAUCACGCCAGGAAAGAAGGACAGUCGGCUGUAGAGCUGGGGUAGACACCUGUUAAAACUACAACAGGAACGGGAGCUUUAACACACACUCCUGCUACCUCUAAAUUUCUGCUGUGCAUUUAGGAGAUGAUGACCUGAAGAUGUGGGCACUCAAGUUAUUCUGCCUUCACAGAGAAGGGUAUUCACAAAAAUAACGUGGGUAUUCAUUAUUUGGUUUUUAUUUCUUGCAUAACUUGUCUUUAAGCUAAUUUGUCUUGUAGAGUUGAUACCUAAUCACACAAUCUACCCGCAUCUUCCCUCCCCGAGAGCAAAGCUGGGGAAGGAGUAGUGUUGGACCAUCCCGUUGACAUUUGGCACUAGGUUUGUGAUGAAGGCUUCACCGCCCAUCGUCCUGUACAUACACAAAACAAAGUCUGCCUGAGUGAUGCUCCAGAUUCCAAUCCUGGGCCAAGAUGAUGCCAGUCAUCACCAUGGGAAUGGAAGAAUGAAGCUAUAGUUAGGUGUGAGGGCACAUGCCUUUAAUCCCAGCACUUGGGAGGCAGAGGCCGACGAUCUCUGAGUUAGAGGUCAGCCUAAUCUACAGAGCAAGUUCCAGGACAGCCAGGACUACACACAUACACACACAGAAUGAAGCCACUCAAUGGCUUCCACUUACUUUCCAUGGUAAGGACACACUUCAACUAAAGAGAAAUCCAAAGGCGGCAAAUACACAUGACUGAAGGAAACCCCUGCAACUGAAGUACAGCAGGUUUCACACUGAGUAUCUGGGGCAUGCAGUGUUUCACCCGCGUCUGCUUCAGAGAACUUCGCCCAAACAGCACACCGAAGGAAGAAGUACUCUUGGAGGACAGGAAGAACAUGGGCUGUGUGUGUACUGAGGCCUUAUGAGACCAAGAUGGUACAUUUCAUAUAAGGAAACAUGCUAUUCACAAGAUGAUAGCCCUGACAUUAACACACAACUCGACUGCACUGCUAAAUAUGGUUGUUUUUAUUUUCUUUUUCCUUGCCCAGCCCUAUCUAAACAUAAAAUAAAACUACAGGACUGAAAUUAACAACCCAUUAAAAUCAGCAAUAAGUUAUGAAAAUCAUAAAGCUUUUUUUUUAAAGUAAUUAAGGGUAGUUAAAUUAUUUAAAGAA